UCUCUCCCACAAAACACAUAAGCACAAUAGUGGCUAGAUUUGUGGUGUGCAGAGAGGCUAAGAAAUUGUUGGUGUGCUAAAAUAAAGCAGUAAAGAUUCCUUUCAUGUCAGGAUCAAGCUCCCAUUCAACAGAGAGUAUUGUGUAACAUCACACAAGCCACGCUACAUAACAGGAGUCCGAUACCAUGUACAAAAUGUCUGGAUUUGGACAUUUUAUCCUGUGCUACUAUAUUCUAGGAUAUAUUUGGUGCAGCUCCAGUGCUUGGCAGGUAACAAUGCCAAGGAAUAUAAAAGGAUUGUUGGGUUCCUGUCUUGUUAUCCCUUGCAGUUAUGAUUACGAUCAGUAUCCACCUAAAAGACCAGAUCGUGUAGUGUGGUAUCAAUAUGUGAGCAGAGGAUAUCCAAUAGUAUCUGACAACUGGAACAGGAAUGAUGUGCUGGACAUAUUUAAAGGAAGAACACGUGUAUAUAGUUCUUCACACCAUCAGACAUGCAGUCUGUUGAUUGACCCAGUGACCUUGGCUGAUCACAGUCAGAAGCUUUAUCCCUGGGUGGAUCCGGAAAAUGUUGGAAGGGGAACCUACCGUUUCUAUGACACAACUGUAACAGUUGAAGUAGUAGGCACAGCAGAUCCACCGGUUAUCGAGAUCUUUGGAAACACGGUGGUUGGGCAGUCUGUAACAGUGCAAUGCAGUGUUUACCACACUUGUCCCACUUAUCCCCCAAGUCUGAGGCUCAACAUCUCACUGCGAAACGAACGUCUAACUCAUAGUCCUCUAUCUGAUGGAAGAUCCAAAACUAUGGUGACAACCACUCUGUUCAUAGAGAAAGAAUAUCAAACUGUGGAGUGCUAUGUCCAACACCGUGGUGGUCGCUCUGCAUCAGCAUCUAAAACCUUAACCUCACAAUGCUCCAUUUCAGGGCUGACUGUCAGCUCUGCAUCAUAUGAAUUUCUGGAGGGAGAUCCAAAUAAAGUAACCUGCAGUGUUUCAUACACAUGCUAUCGAAAUAUUCCAACUCUGACAUGGAAUUAUAGUAAUAUGCCAGCCUCCUCUCAUACUAGCAAGUUAUCAGGGGGGGCUCAGUGGAGGACUGUCUCCACACUGACAUUUACAGCAUCAGCUAAUGACAAUGGAAGAUCGCUGAUAUGCUAUGCACGCUUCCCUGGAGGUCAGACACGACAAGCAAGCAUCACUCUACGGGUAAAGAGAAACAUACUGAAUCUGGGUUGGUCCUUCACUGCUCCAGCCACCAUAACUGGGUUGAAAGGGUCAUGUCUCAUCAUUCCAUGCAAAUUCUCCUACAAAAACUCUCAGCCUAAUGACCUUCAAAUUAUAUGGUACUUGUAUCAGAGGAAUAAAUACCCAGCUGUAUACAACCAAGGAAGGAGUGUUAUUAGUGAGUUUAAUGGUCGAACAAGCUUGACUGGAUCAGUGACUGAGAAGAACUGUAGUCUUAAGAUUGAACCACUGGAGAUGUCACACAACGGUGACCGACUUUAUCCAUGGAUAGAUAAGAACCGCAUUGAAUCUUACACUAUUGAUCAUACAUUUUUUGAUAGCUCUACAGAACUUAUUGUUUCAGAACAUGCAUCAGGUCCACAGCUGAGCAUUGUUGGUAUCCUCAGAGUGGGAGAGCAGGGCACUGUGUCCUGCAGUGUGCGGCAUACAUGUUUCUCUGCUCCCCCAACCCUAACCCUAAAGGAUUUACCUGGAACAAACCAGUACAUGGACACUCUGGUAUCUGAAGGGAUUUGGGAAAGGAAAAUUAUUCAAAUUUGGACAGUAGAAGAAGAGCGCCAGAGUGUAAGUUGUGCUGUUAACUACCCUGCGGGUCAGAGUGCCGAAAAGUCGAUUCCACUGAAUGCUGAAUGCUCCAUUUCACCAUUGAAUAUUAGCUCUAUAUCAGAUGAAUUUCUUGAAGGGUAUGAUAGCAAAUUAACAUGCACUGCCUUAUACACAUGCCGCAAGAAUACACCAACUCUCACAUGGAACUAUGGCAGUGUGGCAGCAUCCACUAAUACAGAAAAGGUACAGGGGGAGACUCAGUGGAGGACUGUCUCCGUGCUGUCAUUUAAAUCUUCACCCAGCGACAACGGGAGAUCUGUUACCUGCUUUGCAGAAUUCAAGGGGGGGCAAACACAAGAAGUGAGCAUCAGCCUGCGGGUAAAAAGAAACAUACUCAAUCGGGGUUGGUCCUUCACUGCACCAAGCACCAUAACUGGGUUGAAGGGAUCAUGUCUCAUCAUUCCAUGCAAAUUCUCCUACAAAAGCUCCCAACCUAAUGACCUUAAAGUGAUGUGGUACUUGUACCAAAUCAAUGGAUUUCCAGCUGUAUUCAACCAAGGAGGGAGUGUUAUUAGUAAGUUUGAUGGUCAAACAAGCUUGAUUGGAUCAGUGGUGGAGCAGAACUGUAGUCUUAAGAUUGAAAGGCUGGAGAUGUCCCACAACCAUGACCGACUUUAUCCAUGGAUAGAUAAGAACUCAAUUACUUCCUACCACACCGUAGGUCACUCAUUUUAUGAUGGAUCUACUGAACUUAGUGUUUCAGAACAUGCACCAGAACCAGAGCUAAAUAUUAUUGGUACUCCCAGAGUGGGAGAGCAGGGCACUGUGUCCUGCAGUGUGCGCCACGCAUGUAUUUCUGCUCCCCCAACUGUAACCCUAAAUGGUAUACCUGGAAAAGACCAGAUCACGGACACACUGGUAUCUGAUGGGAUUUGGGAAAGGACAGUAGAACGAUUUUGGGAAGUAAAAGAAGAACACCAGAGUGUGACUUGUACUGUUAGCUACUCUGGGGGUCAGAAAGCCACCAAGGAAAUUCCACUCAAUGUUGAAUGUCCAUUUCAGGAAAUCACUAUGAAUGAACCACCAGGGGAGUUAACAGAGGGCAUGGCGAAGAAUGUCACUUGUUCUGUGAUCUUUAAGUGCAGGAAAAACACACCAAGUGUCAUCUGGAACUACAACAACAUGCAAAGUUCAUUAAACACCAAACAGACUCCCAACAAUACAUACACUAUAGUGUCAAAUCUAACUUUUAUUCCUUCCCUAAGUGAUGAUGGUAAACUUUUGACUUGCACUGCGCAGUUUAUUAGUGGAGAGUUCUCAACAUCUGCAACUCUUACUGUAAAACAAUAUGAGAGAGAUCCAUUUGAAAAUUACACAACCUCUGCUGUGCCUGCCGACGUCCCUUUAAGAUUUAGUGCCUUGACUCGCUCCUGUGUGGUGAUUCCCUGCAGUUUCCAGUACAAAGAGGAUGAACCGAUGACCCGUGGCAUCUGGUCCAAAAAAAAAGGAGACAUUAUCUUCCAUAAUGGCCAAAGCUAUGUAAUUGACCAUUUUAAGGGCCGAACCAAAAUGUUAGGAAAUCUAAAUGAGGGAAACUGCUCACUGGAGAUUGAUGACAUCAAGCCCUUUGACAACGGACCCUUCUGUUUCUAUGCACAGAAAGAACAUGAGACACAUACAUUCAACAACAGCUGUGUAUUUAUUAUCAUGAAAGCUUCUCCAGAAAAACCAGUGAUGACCCCCGUUCCAGAAGAAGUUGAUGCUGGUUCAACUAUAACUGUUUCGUGUUCUGUUACACACACAUGUUCAUCACAUCCUCCGGUGUUCUCAUGGAGUGUCUCUCACCUCACCAGUGAGGUCUCACACAUCAUGAUGUCACGAGGCACCUGGCAGACAACUUCCACAAUCACUUUUAUUGUUACUGAAGGAGAUGGAGUCAGAAACCUCACCUGUAAUGCUAUCUUUUGGCGUAACAGGCAACAAGCCCACACAGUCAGCUUAAAUGUGAAGGGAUCACUGACGUACAGGUUUAAAAGUUCUGCUCCAGUGGCCUUUCCAGUCUCAUUUGUAGCUCUCAUCAUAAUCACCUUAGCUGCAGUGUUUGCAGUGUUCAUCUGGAGGAAAAGGAAACACACAGAUGAAUCACUGAAACCACCACCUCGACCAGAAAAAAGAAGAUCACUUUGGGAUAGAUUAUCCAGGAGAUACCCUGAUGACAGAGACAGACCACCAAGGCCAGAAAAAAGGAGGUCCAUUUGGAGUCGAUUUUCCGGUAAGGAAAACAAAAAAAGCCUUCGUUUGUAA